AUGGGUAGUUUUGCGUUUGACAACGAGUUCAUCAAAUUAUCGAAAACGCGCAGCUAUUCUAAGAAACAAAGACUAGCUAAGUGCCAACAUGCGAGCGGAGUAUUUCGCACAUUUAUCGAACAUGCCAAUUCCAUCGGUUUGAGUACAUCAAACAUAUUGGAAUUUAUCAUCGAGUCUCGAUUUUCGUUGCCUGAAGAUUUCGAUGAAGAAGACUUUACAAGACUCCAGGAGAGACUUUGCAACCUCGGCGCCAUCAUAAAGCAUACGCCACGAUAUACCUGGAAGACAGAAUUCCUUGUGAUUUUAUACGCCAGACACAGCGUAUCGAUGCUAACAGUAAGCUCAGUGAUUGACAUGCCCACAAUCCUCGAAGCAAUUUUGCUACAAUCUGAGAAAGGCUUGGAACACGUACUCUCUCAAGAUCCGUCGGCGGUCAAUGAAGUUCUUUACGAGAGUUGA